AUGGCGAAAUCAUUUAGAGAACUCCUCGGCGUCCAGCCCUCAACAGCAUCCACCAAAGACAGCGUCCUCAUCAUCAUCGAUGCCCAGAAUGAAUAUGCCAACGGCCAUCUCAAAACCAACAACAUAGAUUCAACCCGCAAAGCCAUCUCCACGCUCCUCGAAACCUACCGCACAGCCUCCGCACCGCUCGUCCACAUAGUCCACCAAACACCCCCCGGCGCCCCCGUCUUCACACCCGCCACCGACCUCGCCAAAGAAUUCCCCGAAGUCGAGGCCACGUCCAGCGAAAAAGUCCUAGCCAAACAGCACCCAGGCUCCUUCACCGGCACAGGCCUCGAUGACUAUCUGAAGAGCACGGGCAGGAAUAAGGUGGUGCUGGUGGGCUAUAUGGCGCAUGUUUGUGUUUCGACUACGGCCAGACAGGCGGCCGAGAAGGGCUAUGAUGUGAUUAUAGCUGAGGAGGCGGUGGGGGAUAGGGAUAUUCCUGGGGCGAGCGCCGCGGAUACUGUCGCUAUGGUGUUGAAGGAGUUGGGGGAUGCUUUUGGGACUGUUGUUAAGGCUGGGAGUAUUGAAUGA